ACACUUUUUUGAAUUUAGUUUUUACGGUUUAGUUUUUUGUGGUUACUCUGAUAUCUCCAAUCAUAAAUAGGAAGGCAUAAAUAGGGAAGGGUAAAAUUGGCCACAUCGACAGGGUCUUGUGAGAUGAGCUUUGCGAAUGUUGGAUAUUCCUUGAAUCUGGACCAUAAGCUUUGUGGAGAAAAUGAUGAAAUUAGCCACGAAGACUGACGAUUCUGGGAAGAAACACAUGCUACUGACAAUCGGGAAAAAGUCACUCAGAAACGCAUCCAGCUACGAAUUAUGGAUUAAGGAAGCAGAAACAUACCAACAAACAGUGCGGAAGUUCGAUUAGCAGUAGAAAAAUACCCUGCUAUUAUCAUUUAAACCUUUGUAAAACCGGUCCAUUGUAAUUGGAUAUAAGAAUUGGACUACGAUGGAGAAAAUCUAAAAAAAUCUGGAUAUUUGUGUCUCGAUUUUUUGCAUUGACGAGUUUUGUUCGAAUUAUAUAGCCUUCCUGCACGGCAAGUACUUCCGAAUUGUUCACAAAAACUGGCGCUUCUAUUCCAACCUACCAACUAACGAUAAGAAAAAUAUUUAAUCAAUAUUAUGUAAAUUAUUGUUACUGGGAUUGAGCACUGAAGCGAAUUGCAAAGAGUUAUAAACUUGGCCGAGAAGUAAUCUAUUGCCUUCACUGUCGCAUCUAAACGAGGAUAGCCGUAGCAGACUCUGAUUCGAGAUCCACAAAUUUCCGGAAUGUAUAAUUUUUAUCUUGACGGCUCUACUGUCCCUUUUUGUGAGACGUUGGCAUCACAGCUCACCAGAAGAUGAAGGAGUUUUAGUAUACCAUUCCAUGACUUUUCCUAAAGCAUUGAACCGAUUGUAUCAUUUUUAAAAACUUUUUGUAUAUGUCGUAGAAUGGUUAGUUUGUCCAUAGUACAUGUGCGUACAGCUUUGGUGUGGCGACACAUUGUCUAGUAGUUGUGCGUCAUGUGCGUACAGCUUUGGUGUGGCGACACAUUGUCUAGUAGUGUUAGAAUGCACAGUAGCUGAGGAAAAGGGACACACUCUGCUGCUGAGCAUGGUCUGGUCGGAGAGCGCGGACUGAAUGCAAGUAACAGAGAUGGCAAUAGACUUUGCAGAAAUGAGACAGAACUCUGUGUUACGCAGGUCAGUUUGGAUGCGUCUCUUGCAACGAGCAGAACUUGCUGUGCAAACUUACUGAAAAUAUGGAAUCGUUGGAGGGAUCUCCGUCAUCAGAAGUGGGAUCUGCUUUGCCUACUGAUCGUGCCACCGAUCCGUAUUUGUUGGCGUUGGAGCUGCAAAACCGCAACCUACUGGAAAUCAUCAAAAACAUGCAGACACCAAGGGCACCGCCAACCGAUGGAAAAGUGUCACAUGUAACUCUUCCAAAAUUCAAUCCUGACAGUGCUGGAGCAGAUGCUUCUUCGUGGUGUUCAACAGUGGACCUAAUUUUUGCGGAUAACGUGCUCGAGGGUAGCAAUCUGGUGAUCGCCCUAAGCAAGGCACUAGAAGGCGGCGCAUCACAGUGGCUUUCCCAAAUUUGCUUUGCCGGCAUCACUUGGGCGCAGUUCAAGGAGCUGUUUAUACAACGCUUUGUUGGAAUUGAGACUUCUGCCGCCAUGCUGUUAAAUGUUCUGAAUGGUCGACCAAAGCCGGAGGAGGGCUUCGCUGAAUACGGUAGCCGUAUUGUUACGCUACUUAUGUCAAAAUGGAAAGCCAAGGAUUUGGAAGAAAUAGCGGUAUCUGUGACUCUUUCUCACAUGGCGCAAAUAGAUAACAAGUUGACGCACUUGGUUUUUACAAACAACGUAAAAACUCGCAAUGAGCUACAACAACAGUUACACGCACACUCUUUCAAAAAGCGCAGUAUAGAUGACGAUUCAACAGGCUCGGAGCGCAAGAAGUUCAGGUCUCCGACACCGACGGAAUGCAAUUACUGUGGAAAGGGUGGUCAUAAAUACGCCGAAUGCCGUGCUCGCUUGGAAAAGGGUCAGAGCAAAGGCAAAAUCAACAGCAGCAGCAACAUGACUGGACCGAAGGAUUGGUCAAGUGUCAAAUGCUUUAAAUGUGACGAAAUAGGACAUUUUGCAUCCGCUUGUCCAAAAGGCCGUACGUAUGAGAAGCGGGUAGAUAUCUGCACAGUAGCUCCACCGACUGGAAUAAUGAGGGCAUCCGGUGAGUCUAUUCCAUUUUGUUUUGAUUCAGGUGCUGAAUGCUCCUUAGUGGAGGAAAGCGACAUGGAUAAAUUUAAGGGGAAACAAAAGAAUAAAUAACAUUGUAAAACUUAACGCCGAGGGUACAUACAUAGGUGGUAGGCAUUUUGGCAAAUCGUUUGAGAUUGUCAAAAUAUUAAAUGGAGAUAGAUGUCUGUCCUUAGCAAGUAAGCGAAUUUACAAAUAUUCCCAUGAAUUCUUAAGAGCUUUGCCGAACAAUCAGCUAAUACGCAAAGAUAGAGACGGCAUGAUGAAAAAAGCGUCUGACAAUAAAGAAAGAGAUUCAAAAAGAAAAAGAAAAAAAAGGGGUGGCAUAAAUUAAUGUAUAGAGAUAUACCGAACAGAAUUUAAUGUUAAAAAGUGUUAAAGGAACUACACUAAAGUUAUUUCAAUGUGUUAAAGGAAUUACACAAAUGUUUAAAAGUGUUAAAGGAACUACACUAAAGUUAUUUCAAUGUGUUAAAGGAAUUACACAAAUGUUUAAAAGUGUUAAAGGAACUACACUAAAGUUAUUUCAAAGUGUUAAAGGAACUACACUAAUGUUAUGUGUUAAAGGAACUACACUAAUGUUAUGUGCUAAAAGAACUACAUUAAUGUUAUAUCGUAAGACGUGUAAAAGGAAUUACAAAAUUGUUAAAAUGUGCCAAAGGAAAUGCACAAAGGUUUUAUUUUACAAAAGAGGAUAAUGUUAUUAAAGAAUAACAAAAUGAGUUAAUAAGAUUAUGUUUAAUUGAAGAAAUGUAAUGAAUACAGAAGAUUUGAUAUUUA